ACAGUUUCUAAUGUGGGUAGGAAUUGAGUUCCAUUUUUCUGCUGCUCUGAUUGAAAAUUCAGACUGUCCAAAUGCAGUCCUCCUAAGUUUACCUGAACAAUCUCCUCUUGCUGAUACCCUGGUCUCCCUAAGAUUGUUCCUGCAGAGUAACACACAUUGUUUAAGUGGAGGUGGGGCCUGAUCAUGAAUUAAUUUAUACAUCAGACACAUAUCUGCAUAACAAAGAAAACUGUCAAAGGUAAUUAAGUUAUAUUUAUUAAUGAUGUUACAGUGGUGGUAAUGUUCAUUAGGCUGGCUUUUACAUUUCUGCAGACAUUUUUUACAUGUUUCUUAAAAUUUAGAUACGAUUUAGACAUGUAACUAUUUUUUAAACUAUAGUUUUUAUACGUUAUUUUGUACUACUUCAGUGAAGCCUCUGUGAAAUAUUCAAGCAAUUUAAUCUUUUCAGAGAAACUUAAAUCCAAACGUCAUACAGUAAGCUCUUAUUUUGAAGUAUUUGAUUGGGUUUCCGGUUUCAGACCUCACUGGAGGACUACAAGCUGAUCCGUACACUUUGUAUUAUCUCCUGCGUUUCCACCACUUGGAGUGCUGUUAGACAUCGAUACCUUAAGUUGUUUUACUGAAGUUCCCUACUUGAUACAAUAGUGGCAUGUCUUCGGAUCCGGGCUACAUUUCUGUAGCUCUCGAGCUACUGGGUUAGCUCCGUGCGGCUGCCGAUGAGAUCCACCGGCGGCUACAGUCCGGCCCCUGAAUGCCUCGGAGAAAGAAGAACGGCCAAAGCCCGGCAAGGGUUCACAGCGGGCCGCCAGAGGGAGGGAGCCUCGGCUAUAACACUGGCAACCGAGGACUCCAGGGAUUUGACGGGUCAAUGGCGAACAACUUUACAUCCAGCACCUCGCUCUCCGGCUCAGACAAGGAGAACAUCGUCCGAAGCAUGCAGGAGAUGUUCUCACACCUGGACCCUGAAGUUAUUUACAUCGUGCUUUCCGAGUGUGACUUCAAAGUUGAAAAUGCAAUGGACUCUCUCCUGGAGCUGUCUAAUGCUGCUGAAGUUGCAGCACCCAUACUCUCUCCUGUCUCUGGCUUUGAGCUCACUGCUGCAGCCCUGCUCAGCCCACGACACCUCCUUGAGCCGAGACAAGAACCAGACUCUUCUGGAUCCUCACGGCUGGUCUCUUCUCCUACCAUCCUGACAGAAGAGCUGGACCUGCUCGUUGAUCAGGAGUUAGAGACACUAACCACAGAACAAUGCAAAAGUGCAGAGCAGUAUUUAUCCCCUUUCCCUCAACCUCCAUUACCACAGCAGGACCUCCCGGAGCUGCUUCAGUCUAGCUUGCAGCCUGGAUUUAGAGGCCCCUCUGUCCAGCAGCAAGGCCCAGUGGGUGGCCUGGUGGAGAGUAUUUCUGGAGCUUCUUCUCCUCUCGACCAGCUCAGCACUUGGGAAGACAAGGUCACUGAGGCGCAGGAGCCUACUGUGGACUACAAGCAUCUGAUGACAGAGACAUCUGUCGACACACCAAAACCUCCUUUGGACCUGGCAGCGUCAGGACGCCCAUCAGCUUUCCAGGUAUAUAAAAAACAAGACUCAUCAGAAGCUUCCUCAGGCAUGACUGGGGUCAUGUCCUCUAAUACAGUUGUUGGUGGAGCCAGAUCCAAGGUGAACACGUCUAUUCAGGCUCCGUUCGGCUACAUGCCAUCGUCCUGGAACCUAGAGGCACCGGUAUUUUCCCCUCAUUUCCAUGGAAACCAGGGGCCAGCUUUCAUUACCCCGGUGGCUCAAACACCGUCCGGCUGGCCCAACCUACCCCGCCAUCCCUCUCCUUGGCUGGGUCAGGGCCCUGUCAGCCAAGCACCUCUCAAACCUUCUGCCACUAUUCCAAAGUCCUGGGCCCUGCCUGCUGCUCCUCAUCCUCCUGCCCAGCACAGCAGGCUGCAUCUGGAGGGAAAGGUACUUGUGCUGCUGCGUGGGGCUCCAGGGUCUGGAAAGUCCACCCUGGCAGGAGCCUUGGUCAAACAUAACCCAGGAGGAGUUAGAUUGUGCACUGAUGACUUUUUCACUAGUCAUGGAAGAUAUCAGUUUAACCCCACUGCACUCGGGGAGGCCCAUGAGUGGAACCAUAGACGAGCCAAAGAGGCGUUUGAAAGAGGAGCUAACCCCAUCAUCAUUGACAACACCAACAUGCAGGGCUGGGAGAUGAAACCCUACGUGGCUAUGGCACUGAAACAUGGAUACAAGGUGCUAUUUCGAGAGCCAGACACUUGGUGGAAGAGCAAACCCAGAGAACUGCAGAGGCGUAGCACACAUGAUGUUCCAGUGGAGACAAUCCGACGCAUGCUUAAUGGAUAUGAGCGCUUUGUCACAGUCCAGUCUAUUAUGGGUUCACAGAUGCCUGAGUUCAAACAGAGUAUCCUCCAGGAGAACAGAAACUCACAGUCACAGUCUGUAAAACCUUGUCCCGACCUUGUGGGGCAGCCUAGAUUGACAGAGGGAUAUAAGAAAUCAGACUCUGAGCUUUUCUAUUCUCUCCCUGAUGUUUCAUCUGUCAGUUACUCUGCUGAAGUUGGAAUACUGGAAGACGGCACCAACAAAUCUCAAGAGUCCCUCGAUAUGACCACUGAGAAACUUACAGAAAACCCUGAAGUGAUACAUGAGGAUGAUGAGAUGGAUCUAGGUGACCUAGAUUCUGAGUUAGAUGCCCAUCUAGAACUGAAUCAUCCAGGGGAUCAGAGAAUCCCUGACUGUAUUGUAGAAUCAGUGAUGAACCAAGAUCAGCAUGAGGAAGAAGAAGUUCCUGUGGCUUUCUCUGAGUCUAUUGGACAGAGAGUGAGGAGAGAGAGAACCAGUCGGAGGUCUGGUUUUGACAGAACAGAGCCUGCCGAUCUGGUGAAAGAUACUACCCAAUCAGAGGAGAAGGGAAAGAGAGAGGGAGAGGAAGCAGAAGGGGUUGAGGCAGAUAAGGGAACGCAGAUUGCAUUGGAUUUUGUCGGAGAUUGGCCAUCUGAAGGUUCCCUUCAGCAGCGACAGGCAAGGACAAGAGAGAGGCAUAUCAAUGUAAAUUUAAAGGAAGAUGGCUUGUCUCAAGAAGAAAAAAAAACAAAAGGGAAGUCAGGGUCCAAUGGAGCAGAGUUUCAGAGGCUUCUUGAUCUUAUUCAGACUGGUGUAGCUGCCACUGACAUCAGCUCUCCGUAUUCAUCUUCCCUCUCCAUGAGCUCUGGAGAGGAAUCUGUGAGAGAGGAUGAGGUGGUAGGCAGACUUGAGGGAUCAAAUAGCAGUAGAUCUAACAGUGAGGAGAGGGAAAAUAAUCAUAGGGUCAUCAGCAGCAGGGGUGAAUUACCUGACUGUGUGUUAGACUGGAAAGGAGCUGACUACUGUGAGAGUAGGGAAUCCAGAUUUGAUAGUUGGCAGCCACUUACAACUGUAAAUGAUGGGUGUAGCACCACAGGAGGGAAUGAUAGUGGGUUAGGAAAUAACAGGACAGUAACAGGAAUUGGGGAUUUCCAAUCAGUUAGCCAAAUAAAUUCCCUCUCAGCUCUUGCUGCUGAGUCACUGGUUAUCUCCAGAACUGUGGAGGAUAAUAACUGCAAGGAUGAAGGGGGAAGUGACAAAAUUCUAGUCGAGGUUCUUACAGAACCUGAUGAUGCUGGUCAGACUGAUAAAGACAGCGCAGACACCAGAGCUGAGUCUGAUGGAGGUCGUGUUAGUGAAAUGAGUCUCAGUCCUGUGUGUGAGGGCACUGUGGAAGCAGAUAGCAGUGCUGUUAGUGGAGGGAGUCAAGAGAGGAAGCAGCGUCAGGGUCGUAGAUCGGGUAAACAGUGUAAACUAGCCCUCACUUUUACACAAAACUGCCCAGCUUCCUCACCCAACGCUCUUGAGGGGCUUAAUACCGCAGCCACAAGUCUAAACUUUAGUCGGAACAGCAUAGACACAGAUAUUGAAUCAAGUUGUAACACCAGCCUGAACCCUCAACCAAACCUUGACCUGUUCAGCGAUUCCAAAUCUGAGGCACGCCCGCAGCCUUCUUCCUCACCCCCUCUGGUAGAAACAGGCUGUUCUACCCAGACAGAACCCCAGGACUUUGCCUUUCUUUGGCGUCUCACUCAUCGAGACAGUCCGGAUGAUGCUGGUGUCACUUUGUGCAACCACCCCGGUGACACCACAGUCCUGUCUGGAGACUCCUCUCGCUUUGUGCCGGAGAUGUCCUCUGCCAUUUCUGCAGCGGUUGCAGUUCACCCGUCUGGCCACGCAGAUGUGCCCUACCAUGUGGUGCACGAGAAAGGCACACAGGUGGAGGAGAGAGAGUUUGGGGCAACUCAAGAUCGCCUUGAGAGUCUUCGCAUUCUCAGUCGCCAUUUUAAAUUGGUUAGUUUCGAUACAUUAGAGGAUCUAUAUGACAAAUGCCAUCAGGACCUAGAGUGGACAACCAACCUGUUACUUGACUCUGGAGAGAGGUUCUUCAAAGAUGAUGAUGGUGUGACAGAGAUGGAGGAGUAUGAAAAAGACCAGAAAAUAUCCAAUCUGUGUGGAGCUUUGGGUGAAGCUUCAGAAACUAGGGUAUAUGCUAAUGUGUUUGAUGGGCACCACCCUGAGGAUUUGUUUCCUGCAGAUAAGGAGGGAACUCAGCAGAUAAAUGGUACAGCUAAAAAGUUGGUUGUGAACGGUAACGAUAAUGAUGUGCUUAGAGUUGGGGGUGCAGCUUUUCUCGCUCAAAACAAAGAUCACCCUGAUGAAACUUUGCAUUUAGAAAAAGCUCCUGAAACAAAACAAAGUCUCCCUGAGGCAGUGAACGAAGGAGAGAGGUGUGGUGAAUCUGAGCAAAAAGUGACAUCAGAAGUUGACAUUGAAGGUGGUGCUUGGGGUUUAAGCUUUGAUGAUAGCGUAAUAAUAGAAGAGUCGAGGGUUGAGAUCGACGAGGAGAUUGCUAGCAUGGACGAGGUUAAGCGGCUCCUGCAGGCUGAGUUAGAGGAGAUGGAGAGGCAGGAACAAAAGGAGAAGGCUGAAAGGAGUUUGAAGGAGGGGAGAAGGAAACAACACCUGGAUAUUCAGAGCGUGGAGCUCAAACUACCCACUGAGGUGGCACUACAACUGACUGAGCUGUUUGGUCCUGUUGGAGUAGAUCCAGGUUCAUGCCCCUCUGAUGACUGUGCAGUGCAGAUGGAUCUGAACCUGGCCAAGCUGCUUCACCAGAAGUGGAAGGAAACCAUUCAGGAAAAGCAGAGACAAGCAACUCUGUCCUUCCACUUGCUUCAGGAGAGUUCCCUACACUGGGGUGAGUCACAAGGGGUCAAAACAGGACCAGGAGACUCGUCACAGUCAGCGUGUUUCCUGAUCAGUGCUGAUGGUUACACAACACCGGAUGGCCAUCCAGAGACCAGGGGUAGGAUCCCAUUCAUGGACCACUGGAGUGUGUCUCGCCCACACGUGUCUCUCCGGGAGAUCAUUAAGGAGGAGCAGGCACUACAGGAAAACAUGGAAAAGACCAGACAGAGUCGUUCAGACCUCGACCGACGGGAUGGAGCCACCAUUUUAAAAGAAACCCAACUGUACUCCCUCUUCCCCACUAUAGACAGGCAUUUUCUUCAAGACAUCUUCAGAGACCACAAUUACAGCCUGACUGAGACAGAGCUGUUUCUUCGCUCUCUUUUGGUCGAGGAGCCAGUCAAGACAGUGAUUGCCCCAGAGGCACCUCGAUCUGACCACCACAGAGCAGCCAGCAAGGAAAGAGAGAAGAGGCAGAAGCCUGUGGAGUCUACUGUUCUUGACUAUCAGGACACAGAGGAUCCAGAGUAUGUUGACUUCAGGGCUGAAGCCUCCCUACAGAGAAAACGACAGAUCGAGAGUUUUGAGAAAGCUGCUGAGGCUUUUAAACAAGGACAUAAGGAAGUGGCUUCAUUUUACUCGCAACAGGGACACAUGCACGGCAAGCGGAUGCAUGAGGCCAAUCACCGUGCAGCAUUUCAGAUUUUUCAGAGGGUGAACUCAUCACUGCUGCCAAGGAACAUCCUGGACCUCCACGGGCUGCACGUAGACGAAGCCCUUGAACAUCUGGCCCAGGUCUUAGAGGACAAAAGCACAGAGUGUGAGCAGGGUCUGUGUAAACCUCAGCUCUCUAUCAUCACAGGAAGAGGAAACCACAGCCAGGGGGGCGUGGCCCGCAUCCGUCCCGCUGUCAUAGACUACCUCACCAGCAAGCACUACAGGUUCACAGAGCCAAACACAGGCCAUGUGUUAGUCUCUUUGAAGUGAGAAGAACCUGGUUUCAAGCUCCUCUGGCAGAAAAUACACACACAUGCACAUAUCUCUCUCUGUCUAUCCCUUCACAUAACCAUACUAUAUAGUCAUUACACUACACAAAAUAUGACACAUUCAGCCUCAGUUUUGGUGCCGUGUGAUCUUCUCAUCUCAUUUCUCUUCUUUUUACCCAAUGAGUUAUCAAGAGCUUGAAGUUAGUUUGGCCCAAAUGUUGGCAUGAAAUGCAAAAAGAUGUUUUUUAUUCAUCUGUAAAGCUCAAAUGUAUGUACAUUUUUACUCUCAAGGCACUUGAUAAUGUAGAUUUUGAUUAACAUUAUCAUUGUGCCUUUUAAAAAUAGUGACUUUUACCUUUUUGCGGGCUAGAUGUUCAAUAAGAUGUUGUGAUGAUUUUAACAUUUACUAGUUUAAUAUCAUUGUGGAAAUAUAAUGGUAGAUUUUAUCAAACUUUUAUUAAAAACGAUUGCAUGCUGUCUACCUGGAGGUUGUUCGUAAGCAUUUAAAGUAAUACACAAACAUAUUUUCAUCUAAAAUCUUAAGAAUUUGAUUAGGUUAAAUUUUAUUGCAUACCAUCACAGCAUUUAUUAUUGUGUGAUGAUGUAUUAUAAAACCAAAAACUUAAAAGGAAUUGUUGCUCUUUGUUGUAAGCCUCUGAUUUAAACUCAACUUUGAUGUAAUUGCUGCCUCAGCUUCUACUUUCAUUUGCUUUAGUUUAAUGCCACACUAAGUAUUGCUGCUUGAUAUUCAAACUCAGGUAAAUAUUUUGAAGUGUUUCUUAAUCUUUCAAGGCCAAUCUUUUAUCUCCAGUCUGUUCCUAGUAGCUUUUUAAACCUGCUGUGCCAAAUUUUGUAGCAGAUGUAUUACUCAGGUUGCUACCAUACUAUUUUGUAGGCUUAAAAAUGGCUUCUGCUUUCUUUUAUCUUGGUGGCUUUUUUUCACAAAGUUAGGACAACAAUUUUGAAAAAAAUGUAUUGACUUGUACAUAAUGUUGUCAAACAUGACUUAUAAAGAGAAUAUUGUAUUUUUGUAUUCAUUUGUUUAAAUUGUUUUACAGAGAAUGUUGUACUGUUGAAUAAAAUCCCAAAUGUUUACUCUUUAAA